AUGGGCGCCCUGGAGCCCUCCUGUCCCCUUCUGUUCCUUCCUGUCCUUCUGACUGUGGGAGGAUUAAGUCCCGUCCAGGCCCAGAGCGAAUGCAACUGCUCUCCCGUGAGCCCAGGCAUACUGGCUGGGAUUGUGCUGGGUGACUUGGUGCUGACACUGCUCAUUGCCCUGGCUGUGUACUCUCUGGGCCGCCUGGUCCCUCGAGGCCGAGGAACUGCGGAUGGAUCCCGGAAGCAACGCAUUGCUGAGACGGAGUCACCCUAUCAGUCACAGCUGUCCCCUCAACCCCUCCCUGCUGUCUUCACCUGGGAGCAGAAACAGGAAUAG